GCCCGUCACGCAUCGCCUCGCCCCGCCCAUAUGUACGUCACGCACUUGCGUGCUGCGCCCGUGUAGAUUCCAGCAAGCGUAGAUAUGGCGGACCUCUCUCUGGAUGAAGUGAUUCGUCGCCGCAGUUUUAACGCCAGAGGAGUCAGUAAUAAGAGGCCCAUAUAUGGCAGAGGGGCGGGGUCAGUGGGCAGGGCCUUCGAUGCCCGUCAGAAGAUUGGCAGUGGUGACGUCAGACAGCGGCUGGGAGUGGGCGGAGCUACAGGAGCGUUCCAGGUGAAGGAUGCGAGAGAGAAGCUGGGACAGAAAGACGCACGGUUCUGGAUCCGGGGACGAGGGGGCGGAGCUGGAGCCGGGGCUGUGCAGGAUGCGCGGCAGCUGAUUAACUCACGCAAGCAGCAGCAGACGCCUCUGAGCACGACAAUCCAGCAGACGGCUGUCAAACCCACCGCUAUCCCUCACGUCCAGAUACAUAACACCGGCCCCGUCUCUGCCGGCCCUCGGCCACAGAACACCAGAGUGGGUGUGGCCCUGCAGCCAGGAGGCGGGAUCACAAAAGUAGUGGAUGCACGUGAUAGGCUGAGCUUAAAGAGGAGCGUCCCGACAGCGUCCAAUCAGAGCGCAGCGUCUCUGAAGAUCACUAAAACCAUCCAGCAGAGGCCUGUGGGAAUGACCAGCGGGAUCCGCAUCAACGUUCCCAGUGCAGCCGCUCCGGUUUCAUCUGCUGGUUCUGCUGAUGAUGACUUUGAUGAUGGAGCUGUGAUACCUAACAAACAGAUGAAGAUCACUACAGCCAACCUGCAGACACGAGCGGGGCCUGUCUCUCUCUCGACUCCCAUCACUAAGGUGGUGAAGAAUGACUCUUACACUCCUCCGUCAGUCUCAGUGCCCCCUGCCCGCCCCCCCACACAGAGCCUGCAGCCCGUCUCCAGGACAACCGUCGCCACGCAACAGACCAGCGGCCCCACACACACACCCGCACAGCCCGCCUUCAGUCCUCUGGAGGGCACAAAGAUCACGGUCAACAACCUUCACCCUCGAGUGACAGAGGAGGAUAUAGUGGAGCUGUUCUGUGUGUGCGGGGCGCUGAAGCGGGCGCGGCUGGUGAAGGUGGGCGUGGCAGAGGUGGUGUUCGUGCGUAAGGAGGAUGCAGUCAGUGCCUACAGGAAGUACAACAACCGCUGCCUGGACGGUCAGCCGAUGAAGUGUAACCUGCACAUGCGGGGCAGUGUGAUCACGUCGGAGCAGCCCAUCCUCCUGAGGCUGAGUGACUCGCCCGGCGCUGCGGUGCAGAAGGACUCGGUGUCUCGCUCCGGCUCUAAGGCCCCGGGGCCCGAGGUGGAUCCACAGACCAUCCUGAGAGCUCUGUUCAAGUCCUCCAGCCAGAGCGGCUCCAGCGGAGCAGAGACGAGCGGAGCACACGCCACUGCCUUCCGCAUCAAGAUCUGACACACACACACACACACACACACACACACACACACACACACACACCGCGUGAGCUUCUAGGGGCGCACCAGCUCCUGUUUCUGUUAUCUUUUGUCUUUUAACACUGUUUCUGUGACCCUGUUCUCUCUUCUCUUCAGUAAAGGUCUUAGUUUAUACUCA